AUGGGCAUCCAGGUGUUCAGUCAGAUAUACUUUCACAUCAGUGGUUACCACGAGUGCGGGGAUACCAUACGAACCAUAAGUAUGUCCGUACGGAUAGUAUUCUCAUUUUAUCAGCUGUUCAUUGCUUUUAAGUAUUCAAACAUCAUUAUAAACAGAUACCCAAUCCUGAGCAGAUUUGCCUUGAUGCAUUUGUUGGCCACCACACUGUCCUCGUGGUUCAGGACUAUUAUCAGUGAGGCUAUGGAUGACUACGUGGAUAAUAUACAUAAUGAUAAUAUUAAUAAUCUCACCCGCAAAUCGACACCUAACAAAUGCCAGCAUACCAUAAACAAGUCGGUCAGUCAAACCCAUAUAUCCAACAUUGAGCAACAGGCACAAACUGACCCGGACACUUGGAGUACAAUGUCAAUUGGCACCCAAUGUCACGCCAGUAAUCGGGGUCUAUUUUGCGGGCUAACAGCCCUAUUGGCCACUUCCGUCACAAUCAUCAUAUUCUUCGCCACUCAGUCCUACGACUACUUCGGGAUCAGCCUAUACUCGGCACAGAUAUCCAUAACCACUCUCAUAGGGUGUGUCAUAAUACCCAUUGCCUACUGUAAAACCCGGCGCCUGGAUGUCGUAUGUCCCGAGCAUUUUGACAGCAAUAAGAUGCUUAUGGACGACCUACUGGUGUUAAUACCGGUGCCAUUUUUCAUGCUACACUACACCUUGUUAAUAAUGGCUGAAGUAGAUGAUGGAUCACCAGUUAGUGCUCAUGCAAUCGCCGUUCAUAGUGGACGGCCUACGUANGUGCUGACAAUAAUCCAGGUGCUCAUGCAAUCGCCGUUCAUAGUGGACGGCCUACGUAGGUGUUCCAACUCACCCGGGCUAUUGCACUUCAAACCGGGCCGGGAGUUGAUUAUGUUUGCGCUGAUACUGAACAUAACGCUAUGGAUAUUGAAUACGUUUGAACUAAAGUAUAUGGACAGGUAUCAGGGAAUGGAGGAUUAUUUCGGGAAACUGACCUGGAUGAUUAUAUCCAACGCCAAUUUGCCCCUGAUGCUAUUUUAUCGGUUUCACUCGUCCGUGUGUUUAAGCGAUAUGUGGAAACACGGCUACGAAAGCGAUACAUGUGUUUAA